AUGGCCAAGAUCUCUCGUAUGCUACUUGCAGUCAUAGCGCUUCAAAGUACAAUACUUGCUGAAGAUCUUUGCUCUACUACGCCAUACUCAUACUCUCUGGCCAAGACAACGUAUCCGAAUCUUAAAACUGCAUUGGAGACACUAGAGCAAUAUUCGAUUACUGCUUGGUAUACUGAUCGCCAAUCGGAAGCAGCGAGUACUGCGUUACUAGCGAACAUUACAUCAAAAUGUUCUGAAGAUACUCGUAUGACAAUUGUCGUUUAUGGUCUUCCAAACAAAGAUUGUAAUGCUGGACUCUCGUCUGAUGGAACCGUUCAGAAUUCAAAAGACUACGAAAAGUUCCUAUCGAAGCUGACGAGUGCUAUUGGUUCUCGUAAAGUGCUAUACAUCGUCGAACCUGAUGCUGUGGGUCUUCUCGCUGAUAAUGGUUGUGGGAAAGCAGCUGGAUACUUGGAGAACCUUAAAAUUGCUGUCACAGCUCUGUCAGCGAACCCAAAUGCAGUAUUGUAUAUGGACAUUGGCUACUGGCUCUUAGCCGACCCAUCCAAGACUACAGAAGUAGCAAAGAUUGUCAAAGAACUAUGCACUUCGAGUAACCUUAAAGGUGUGGCAAUCAAUACUUCCAACUACCGUUCAAACGACGAAUGUACGACGUAUUGCAACAACUUUCAAACUGCCAUGGGGUCGACAACAAUGUCGUGUAUUGUCGACACAAGUCGCAAUUACAACGGCUCGCCUACGACCGAUUGGUGUAAUAUCAAGUCUGCUGGUAUUGGUAAGCCACCUACCUCCGAGACUGGUUUCUCGAACAUUGAUUACUAUCUAUGGGUUAAACCACCUGGAGAGAGUGACGGCAUUUGUUCUGGAGUUACACAGUCGAAUGUUUCGUUGACUGGUGUCAAUGCUGGUUCGUUCUAUGAUGAGGGAUUUCGUUUACUAUGGGAUCAAGGUUACUUUGUUAAAGAACAAGGGAUGCCAAUGAUUUCUGAUGGAAGUACAGUUGAGACGAUUGGUAAAACUGGCUUGGAGACGCUCGACAACAGUGUGGAGCAAGAUGUUGGCCAGGAUUCGGAUAGCACUACAACAGAAGCUGGUACAGUUACUCCAGUCGACAUCGAAUCGCUUGGAAUUCCAACAACACCGUCAAUCCCGACAACUAAUACGACAACUGCGAUUGAAACACCGAACGUCACUCCUUCGACUAUUCCUUUGAUCAACAGCUCAUGCAAAACCAAAACAAGUUUGCGUCAACUGUAG